AUGGACGUCGGCUCAAAGACGGAACCCGCCAGGGCAGAGGAGGUGUACACCACGCCACGGAAAGGGGGUGUUAUGAACAAACUGUACCCUCCCGGUCCAAAGCCUGGUGCGGGCGGACGAGUCAAGAACCACUGUAGGAAGUUUUGGUGGUGUGACUGCCUUAUCCUGAUUGCCCUCGUCCUGGUCAUUGUACUGCCGUUGAUAUUUAUUGGUCUGCCUAAGAAGGCGCAGCAUGAGAUCAAUGACUCGACACUCGAGGUGACAAACAUGGAAGUCACGGACCCAAGUCCCGACAGCGUACACUUGAAGAUUGAAAAUGUCAUCAGAAGCGACAGUAGCUACCACCCUAGGAUCGAAACCUUCCGCGCCGGUUUGUCACUCGAAGGCCAAGAGCCUUUCAUCUACAUCAACAUUCCUGAAGCAAAGUCCGAAUCGGAGACGUUCAUCACGGUGGAGCAGGAUGUGACUUUCAACUCGGCUGAUGCCUUCGCCGCGUACACCAAGGCCGUUCUGUCCAGCGAAGAGCUCACCAUUGACCUCAACGGUGACACCACGAUCCACACCCCCAACCUCCCCGCAACAGACGUGCACUACAACAAAAAAAUUACCAUGAAAGGUCUCAACCACCUCUCGGGCCUCAACAUCUCCGACAUCAAGAUCCUCUCAGGCAAGUCCGAAAUCCUCUCCGACGGCUCCAACAUGCUAGGCACAGUGCACAUCCCCAACCCGUCCGUCAUGACGCUCGACCUGGGCAACGUAACCAUGAACCUAGGCGUGUCCGGAAAGGGCAUCGGGUACGCGCUGCUGCCGGACCUGGUCCUCAAGCCGGGCGCGAACAACGUGCCCAUGCAGGCGCGCGUCGACCAGCCCACGCUCAUCUCCAUGAUCCUGAGCACGUACAAGAACGGCGUGCUGCCGCUGGAGAUUGUGGGUAAUAGCAGUGUCAAGGGAGAUGCGCAUCUCAGCUACUACGAGGAGGCGAUCAAGGCCAAUACUAUCAAGCUGGAUUUGGAUGCUGGGCCGGCGCUGAGGGCGAUUGGGAUUAAUGUCACGGAUCACUCGUAG